CUUUUCUUCAUGUUUUUUUUUUUUGAUAGAAUCGCUUAAGAUACUAUAGUGAAUGUAAUAUUUUAAAAAAGUAUUUGUUUCUGAUAUGGCAAUAAUAUGUACAUAUAAUCCUUUUGAUUAUUAAUGAGAAGAAAAGUUUGUAAACAUUGUGAGUGGAGAUGAUUUAAAGCAAGUGAUGGGAAGUAAUAGUUAUAGCACGGUCGUUCGGCUUUUAACAAACUUUCUGUAUUCGCAUAUAAAUGUAUUGAGCAUAUAUAAAUGUAGCUUGUUUAAAAACUCUGAUUUCAAGUAAUAACAUUCGGCUUAUUAUUUAUUACAUUCAUAUCAUACGAAUAAGAAAUAUUUCCUUGGUAAGGAAAAUUCAGAAAAUGGAUUUUCAUUCUGUGAUGGAAACUUUUGCAGAAGCAUGGGUUGCUGCUAAUACUCACACGCCGCUGACUGAAGCCGCGGAACAGGGUCUGAUCAAUGGUCCAAACAACCAUGGUACACCUGGUCAUGGUCCUAGUAAUCAUGGACAACCUGUUAGUACAGUUUUGCAAGAUGUUUCAAAUGAACGGCGGGAAUCAGAAGCUGGCACUGACAGUGAAAGUAAAGCAACAGAUCGCUUGAGUCCCAAAAAUAACUCUGAUGUUACAGAUGCAUCAAAGAAUUGUUCUUCAACAGCAGACUCUCCAAAGAUCUGUACUAUAGUAGAAGUAAAGUCUGAAUGUAAGCCUCUGUCUAAUUCACUUUCUGGACGACAGAGUCCAGUUGAUACAGCAAGCAACUGUUCUCCAAUAGCAGAAUUAAAAGCUCCAUAUAAAACCUUAUCUAACCCACAUGGAAAAUCAUUACCAGUGCAUUGCAUUAUUGAACAGAUCCCAGGUCCUCAAGCAUGUGGUCAGUAUGUUGAACUUGACAGUUAUGCUAUUGUUCCUAAUGAUACUUUAUUUAGUGAUCUGGUGAGAACAGCACUAGGAAAACUUGGUUAUUCUGGUGCACAAAUAGUAGGUGCUAAAGGUUCUAUUCAAAUCAAAAAAUGGAAGUCUCUAGCUUUCGAUCAAAUAACAGAAAAUCCUGAAGCCACUGUUGCUGAUAUACUUGGAGAGCUAACUACAGUAGCUUCACUUCAUAUUCGUCUCUACAGUGUACCCGAUAAUCCUCAAGAAUGGAUAGAUAUUACAGUCAGAAAUGCAGUUCUUGAACUUUUAAGAGAAAUGUCCCAGAGCAAAUUGGCCAAACUCUGUCCGCUAUCUCAGCCUAUGCUUUCAAAUAUUAUAAACAACAGAUAUAUGGGGAAAAUUGGAAAAGAAAAGUGUCAAGAAUUUGGAUUGUGGUAUUUAACUUAUCGAAAGCAACAUCCUGAAGGUUCAGCUCCUGAAGUAGUUCCUAAUGACCGUCCUGUAGAUGGUCGUUUAACAUUUCAUCCAACAAAAGAACUUCCAGUUAUGAGAGAUUGGUUUCAUAGUUGUCGAAAUCCAUCACGAAGAAUGUUGCAGAUGUAUGUUGAUAUUCUCAACCAAGGACCUGUAAGACAGCAAGAAAGGCCCAAAAUAGCUUUAACUACUUUAAAGAAUUGGUGGAAAAACGAAAAGCAACGAGAGAGAAAAAACCAAAGAUGUGACAAUCAAUCUCCUGAACCAGUUAAAGCCAAACGAAAAAGAAAAACAUCAGAAAUAAUUUGCCCAAAAGAAGGAGCUAAUGAUAAUAGCAUUCAGAACUUUAGUGGCUCUAAUUCACAAGAUAAUAUGAAACCUAAUAAUUUCACUUUAAUAAACCAUAGUGAAAAUGAAAGUGAUUUGGAUAGGUUUAAUCGAAAAGACAGUGAAAUGAGUGAAAACAGUAGUUUAGUUGGUGAUUCUUGCCCACACUUUCCAAAAACAAGUCCAGUAGAAGUUAUAAAGUCAAAUUCUAAGUUUUCUGUACUUGGCCAUGCACAAUCUGAAAAUGAUAUUGAAAGAUUUGUGAAAAAAGAUAUAGACAGUAAUGAAAGUAAUAAACUAAAUAGCAAUAUUUUGCAUGCUCCAAAGAUUCCACUUCAUGAAGAUUCAAGCCUAUUUCACAGAUUGCAUACUGUGUGCUUGGAUCAUACUCAUGGUUUGUUUGGAUUUUCUGAUCCUCAUUUGAGUGUUCAGAAUAGUUCCAAACUUUAUUGUGAUAACCCACCGGUGUUAAGGACUAGUAUUAUUGAUCUCUCUGAGAACUGAGUCUUUAGAUCAUUUCAAGGGGGGCUGAGACUGUCACUUGAAGCAAUCAGCCAUCAUGGUUCUUCUUUCUUUCUAUAGGGCCAACAACUCGCUACCAAAGAAAUUUCAUCAGAUGAUACUUGAGUAUGAUAAUAAACUGUUUUGAUUCAAUAAUAUCUGAAUUGCAGAAGUUUGAAAGGAAAUGUGCUUUGCACAAAUUUCCUUUAACAUUAUUUUCAUUUCAGAAACAAAUUGAUCAAGUUGGAUAAAUAUUUUUGUACAUUUGAAGAUAAUUUGAGAUAUCAGUGUAUUAUAUUAAUUCCAGUAAAUUUGAAACUAGACUGUAAGUAUGUAUUAUUAUUAAUGAAAUAAAAGGUUAAUUAAAAAUGAAUAAGCUGAUAAAAAUUAUCAGUGUGUGUGACAUUUACUUGAAAUAGUAUUUAUGGCUUUUCACAUGUGUUUGGAAAUAAAAUUAUUAUCAUCAUUUGAAGAAAAUGAAAAGCUGUCUGCGGAGAGACUGUAUGAGUUUAUUUUUAUAUUUCAGUUUCUGUAAAAUGUGAGUGUAUUUUUAAUUGCUAUUAUUUUUCCGAGUAGUGUUUUUAUAAUAUGACAAACUACAACGGAGGAAACAUGACAUUCUAUCUGUAUGUUGUCACUAAGAUUCUGCAUAUAAAUUGAAACUGAAAUGAUCGAAAAUAUUAACUCUCUGUUUAGCAGAAUUUUUUAACGUAAUAGAAGGUAUUACCUUUAUAUAAAGAGGACCAAAUGAUCUUUUCAUGUUUUAAAUAUGCAUGUUUAUUCACCUUUAGUACAGGUUUUUUUUUUUUUUUUUGCAUUAAUUCUGAGGUACCUUUCAAGAAAAUUUUAAUUGCUGCUUUAAUAAUUUUUAAGUCAAUUAAGUAAUUUUAAUAUAUUUUUUUCAUUCAUUAGACAAUUAAUAUUAAUGUUAUAAAAGCUAUUUUCCUCAAAACUUCUGAUACAGCUUUUUAUCCUCUAACUGUUUAAUCUUAUAAUAUGCUAAUCUUUUACGAUAUUCUCCUAAAGAUAUUGCCUUUAAUUGUUUCUUUAGUUCUACUCCCAUUAAUUCUAGAGCAUUAUAUGAUUGUUUGGGAAAUUUUGUGCAAGUUCAUCGUAAAUUUCUGCUCAGCUUGGGAAUAGAUAAAUGUUUAAACUUCCUGGUUUAAUUCUUUUUGUAGGUUUGGAACUCCUUAAAUUCUUCCCUUGAUUAUUGAAUUUUCUUAGAAGGUAAUUGUUGCUUUUCUUUUUCAAGUUGCCUUUUUGUUGGUUUGCAUUCUUCAUUUAUUUUUUAUCCUUUCAUGUAGUCUAUAGUGACUAUGCAAUGCAAUCCUCUGUCCAGUCUGCCUUUCUCACUGUUUUAUUUCUUUAAUAUCAUUAGCAAUUCCCCCUCUUUAUUACAGGUCUUCUGACUAUCAAUUUCAGUAACUAUUCUUUUAUUCUUCUGUGAAAAUUCUUUUUGUAGAAGAAUAUGUGAAUUUUAUAUCCAUCUUUUUAUCCGUCUGAUUUAAAAAUAUCUAUAUGCAUUUUUGAUUUAAGAGUUGUGAAAAGAUAAGUUUUGGGCACUAGUCAAAAUUGAGUUCAUGUGUGGUAAAUCUGGGCUUUCUCCAGAUGUGUUGUAUUUUGACAUAUCAUAUAGGAGCGAUAAUUAUUAAAGGCACAUUUAGUUUGAUAACAACUCGCUACCUAAUAAAUUCAAGUCUAGUUAGAGCUGGUUUACUUGCUUUAUAAACAGAAGCUGCGAAAACUUGUUAUGAGUUCCGUAGUACACUUAUAACGUACUCUCUCUAGAGCAGAGGUCCUGAGACUUAGUCAAAAAGCAGAAUUUAUGUACAUUUGUAAUUGCUUAAUUUUUUAACUUCAUUAAAUCCAUGGGGAAUGAAAAGAAAAUACCUACAUUACGUAGUUAAACGUUUUGAAAAGGUAUAUGUGGAUACUCCGUCUUUAUUAUGUAAAUAUUAGUGUUUCAACUUGAAUAUAUUAUACAUGGAUAUAGCUUAUAACUGCAUGACUUUGUUUAGGAUAAUUACUUUUGUUAUUGUUAAGAUUUGUAACAUGAGUAGCAGCUGUAGUAGAUCAGAUAUAUCUAUCGAUAUGUGCCAUAAAUAAUGUUCUUCCCCACCCCCAUUAAAAUUCAUAAAGAUACUUUUUUCCCCCAGGGAGGUGGUAAUUAAUUUGCUUUUGGAUGAGAGUAAAGGAUUUAUUUCGGGUUUAAUCCAGGAUAAGUGAAUUGAUUUUUAAUUUCAUACUUAAAAAAUAUGCCUUUUUUUUUUUCCUGUUUAUGUUUAAUGUCAUUGUGCUAUUGAAAAUAGUACAUACAUAUAUGAUAAUAGUUUUUGUAAAUUAAGACACAAUAACACGCUGAAUAAAUACUAAUUCAGAAGUCAAACAACAAAAAUCAGCAUAAAUAUAACGCUGAUUUUUGUUGUUUGACUUUUGAAUUAGUUUUGGUAAAUUCAAAACCUUUAUGUAGAAAAUUUCAUGAUUCAUAUUAUACACAUUUGUUCAAAUAAUGAUAAUUGGAUAAGGGUUUAAAGUUCUUCAACCUAAAUACAGAAAAAACGAAGCCAUUUUAAGUAUUUAAAAAUAGUACUGAUUAUGUUUGUUUUUUGGGGGGCGGGGGGUAAGAUGUGAAAAUUAAUUUGAUUAUUUGUUUUUUAGUAAAAUAAUGGAUUUAGAAUUUUAGUUUGAAAAAAUAUACUAAAGGCUGCUUUAGAGUAUAACCAACAUUGUUUCUAGCCCUGAAGCAUUAAGGAAAUCACAAACAUUGAUUUGAAGAAAAUUAUUAUCUUUUCUUAGUUUUAAGAAACGGAGUUUUAAUCAUGGAAAAGCAGUGGCCAUAAGAUGGAUUAAUAAAAGAAUAUGUAGAAUUUAAAUUCUGAAAAUGAAGGCUGAAUAUUUUUUCAUGUAACAAAGCUGAAACUCUAAAUACAUUUUUUUAAUGUAAGAUAAAUGCUGCUUUAUUGUUUUUAUUAUUAUUAUGAAGUAUACUGAAUUAUUCAUAGAAAAGAAGAAACUUUUCUCUGAACUUUUCCAAAUACUAAUGAAAAUUACAUUCCAUUAAUAUCUCUAAUAUAUUCUAAUAAUGUUCAGAAUAUUAUUCUAAAUAAUACUGAAAAAAAUUGAAUUGAGAUUUAAUUCGUAUUUUCAUUCUGAAUACAUUUAAUAAUCUAUAUGCUUAAAAUUUGUAACCUGUGCAUAGAUUAAAGGUACACUGUUGAAAUGUAUGCAAAUAAAUUUGCAUAUACAUUGGUUAUCAUUAAUUAAGGAAAAAUAUAAGAAAUGCCAAUUACUAAAAGUUACAUGUAACAUUUAAUGAAACUGAUGCACAGUAAACAACACAUAGUAAGGUAUAAGAUAGCAUGAAAAGGAAUUAUCACACAAAUUAUAGUAUUAUACAAAGUAUAUGUAUAAAAUGAAUUAACCGGAUGUGUGAAUUUGAUGUAGGAAAAUUACCUUCAGUAUGAUCUCUUCUAGAAGCACUACAGCACAUACUGCGAUGUGUGAUGCUGUCAAUUAUGCAGUCUGUCAGUUUUGUAGGAAGUGGGGGACACUGCUCUUGCAUAGCAGUUGCAAGCAUGACAAGGUCCAAAGAGGAGGAUUGAGAGUAGCUAUAUAUUUUCCUAAAGCAUCCGAAACAUGCUCGAUAGGAUUCAGGUCCGGCGAUCGAGCUGGCCUCUCCAUGCAUUGAAUUGUUUGCUGCUGAAAAUAAUCAGCCACGAUGUGAACCUUAUGAGGUCUAGCAGGAAAUCAUCACCUAUUGCCCCGGCGUAGGGGUGCACAUAAGCAUCAAGGAUGUCAUCUCUACCGGCCUGAGCAUUCAUGGUUCCACGUGAAAAGAUAUAGAAGUCUGCGCAUCCACCCAAAGAGAUACCACCCAUAGCACAGACACUGCCUCCUCCAUAUGCAUCUCUUUCACGGAUGUUUGAUGGAUUGUAGUGGGUUCCAGGUUCUCUCUAAAUCAAAUAAUGCCUGCUGUCACUUUGGAGGCUAAACCUGGAAUCAUCUGUAAAGAGAACAGCCCUCCAUUGAUCAGCCGUCCAGAUGAGGUGUUGAUGUGCCCACCUCAAGCGUUCUCUUCUCUGACGUGACUUAAACAGCAUGCAAAUGAUUUGCUGCUUCACGUACAGACCACCUUCGUUAAGCCUUUUACAGAUGGGUGACGUUCACAUCAACCUUCCGGUGGCUGCAGCAAGGGAGGAUCUGGGUUGACUCUGAGUUGGGGUUCUGUUCUUUCAUUCACAGAAUAGGGUUCGUAGGGCUGGUCAUCUUUGGUUGAAGCUCGUGGAUGCCAAAUCUGUAGCUAGAAAUUGUUGCCAAAGUCUAUGAACCACAGAAAGACUCACAUUAACCGUCUGGCUACAUCUAUCUGACUUUGUCCUGCCUCUAAAUCUCUCAAUAGCUCUCCAUUGCAGUUCUUUGGGCAAUAUGCCUGGAGGUCAUUGUUACGAAUUGGCUAUCCCGGAUUCUUAUCUCAGUAUCACAGAGGAAUAUGCAGGCUUGAUUUCUAACAUGCAAUUUUAUGCUCCUUGCAGAUGACGUAUUCCGAUAGCAGUCCCAGUAAUUUGCAUACUGCAGUUUUACUCAGCAACUCUUAUUUGACAACAUAUUUAAAUUUUUUACAGAUUGGUUUUGUCGCUCAAAAGUAAGCCAAUCCGUAUAAUUUUUUAUUGAUAUUAUUUAUUUAUUUUUCCUUAAUUUUUGGAAUCCAUUGUAUUUUAAUGAAAGACAAACCAGAAAGUCAAAGGUAAUUUUAUUUAUUAGUGGACGUUUGUUGUAAAAUUUUAUAUAUAAAUUAUUGUAUUCUAUUAGAGUUGUUUAAGUUUUUGCUCUACUUUAAUGUUACAUUUUCUAUAAUUAAUAAUAUUGUUAUCUCUUCUGAAAUUUUCUACUUUCUGUGAAAAAAAAAAAGGAUGCCAUGUAAUAUGUAUCAUUUAAAAAAAAAUUGAAGUGGUUAAAAAAA